CUUCCGCGUACCAAUACGUACCAUAUCCAACGUGUACUGAGUGCCAUAUUGAAAACCUUCUUUUCGUGUCACCAUUGAAACCGCGAACACAUAUUUCGUGCUGGUGCGGUGUUUUGAGUAAAGAUUAUUUAAAAUGGGUUUCGUUAAAGUCGUUAAGAACAAACAAUACUUCAAGCGUUACCAAGUUAAAUUCAAGCGGCGCCGUGAGGGAAAGACCGACUACUAUGCUCGUAAACGCUUGAUUUUCCAAGACAAAAACAAGUACAAUACCCCCAAAUACCGUUUGAUUGUUCGUUUGUCCAAUCGCGAUGUUACUGCCCAAAUUGCAUACUCACGUAUCGAAGGUGAUCGCGUUGUAUGCGCUGCCUACUCGCACGAAUUGCCGAAAUACGGUGUCAAGGUUGGUUUAACCAACUAUGCUGCAUCAUACUGUACUGGUUUGUUGGUGGCUCGCCGUAUUUUGCAAAAAUUGGGCUUGGACUCACUUUACAGUGGUUGCACCGAAGUUACAGGUGAAGAGUACAACGUUGAGCCAUUGGACGAUGGUCCAGGUGCUUUCCGUUGUUUCUUAGAUGUUGGUUUGGCACGUACCUCAACUGGUGCUCGUUGCUUCGGCGCCAUGAAAGGAGCUGUUGAUGGUGGUUUAAACAUACCACAUUCAGUCAAACGUUUCCCAGGAUACAGUGCUGAGUCAAAGAGCUUCAAUGCUUCAGUUCACCGUGCUCACAUCUUCGGUCAACACGUUGCCGACUACAUGCGUACUUUGGAAGAAGAAGACAACGAAGCCUUCAAACGUCAAUUCAGCCGCUACAUUAACUUGGGCAUUCGCGCUGAUGAUUUGGAAAGCAUCUACAAAAAAGCUCACGCUUCCAUUCGCGCUGAUCCUUCACACCAAAAGAAGGAACACAAGAAACCCGCUACCAAGAAACGCUGGAACGAACCCAAACUUACACUUCAACAACGUAAGGAUAAGGUUGCUGCACGCAAAGCGGCUUUCAUUGCCAAGCUCAAGGCAGAAGCUGAAGCAUAAACGAACCGUUUGCAUUCGAAUUGCAUCUAGCAAAAAAUAUGAAUUCAUAUUAAACAAGUUCUUUUUAUUUUAUUAUAAUAUCCAUUAUAUAUAAUGCAUAUAUAUCAAUACACAAAUAAUCACGAUCAAUGUGUUUAUUGAAUAAAAUAAAAAAAACAUCGCUGAGAAAAAAACAUUAAAUAAA